AUGGCUCCUUAUCAUGGAAUUAUCACAGCUGGGUUACGGAAUAAUCGUCAUUACGCCCCGAAUUAUCUGCCAAUUCCCCCUUUACAUCACAAGGGCCCCGUCAAGCAUAUUGGAAGGACUUCACCUCCCGUAGUCCUUAGCUUUCCAAAUGGAAGUGAUGUACAGAUGCGGUCAAUUGCACUUGAACGCAAUCUACCGGGUAUUCACCAUCAAGCUCGUGAAAGAGGCAAUCCGAGAAUCGAUUUUAUGAAAAUAUUUGGUGAUACAUUCGAACAUUUUGAUGAUCGUGAAAAGCUUUCAGAGGCUGGGCAAUGGAUUUGCGCAGUGAUAAGCAGCUCGGAACAAACGCAAUGUUGUCCAAAUCCAUUCGGGGUCUCAUUCGGCGAUAUAGAAAAUCCUCUAUUUUCUCGCAUUGAUGAUAUGCACCAUUAUGGCUUGCUGGGAGACCUGCAAAUGGAAAGUUUCGCGGCGGAACAAAUUUUGCACCUACUCCAGGCAAUAAGUGACAUAUUGCUAGAAGAUCGGAGACUUGGUGCCUACGAUGGGUUACUAUUUUAUGAAUUCAUCAAAACAGCAUAUUGGCUUACACCGAUGAUUUCACAUGUUCUAGGAGGUGCCGGAGUAUUGAUCUUGCUACGAGCGGUUGUGUUAAUGAGCGGUCACGAUGUUGAUACUAUUAAACGAUUCAUUGCUACAAUACCAUGUCUCGACCAGCAAGAUCUAAUGAAGUCUGCACAAGAUUAUUGGGAAAUAGAAAAAAAGGAAUUGGGGAGACUCAUUCUUCUGAUAUUUGCAGGGGUCAUAUAG